GAUAACAACAUAAACAGCUAUGCUUGUCGGAACUUCACGCGCUUAAACAGCAAAAUAAUAUUAGUUAUUUUGGAAACUGUUGUUGGUACCCGGUCCUUACCUAGCAUUUUCAAGUUGGAUACGCUUUCUACAACUGAGUAACGGAAAAAAGACAUGGCAAAAGCAACGACAAUAAAAGAUGCUUUAAAAAGAUGGGAGGAAAAAUAUGAAAUGAACCCUGCGGAUGCGACAGAUGUUAAUUUAUGUUUUCAGUGGCCUUUUAUAGAAAAAAUGGACAAUUCAUUAGCUGUCCUGGUUAACUGCAGGAAACUUUCACUGUCUACAAACAUGAUAGAGAAGAUUGCAGGUGUGAGCACACUGAAAAAUUUAAAAAUUCUUUCUCUGGGAAGAAACUACAUUAAGGCUUUCUCAGGACUGGAAGGCAUUGGUGACACAUUAGAAGAGCUAUGGAUAUCAUACAAUUUCAUAGAAAAGAUUAAAAGUGUUUCCUUUUUCAAGAAGCUACGGGUGCUGUAUAUGUCAAAUAAUGUCGUUAAAGACUGGAGUGAAUUUAACAGACUACAGGAGAUUCCACAUUUGGAGGAUCUACUAUUUGUUGGGAAUCCACUGUAUGAUGCAUUAGAAGAGGCUCAAUGGAGAGCUGAGGCAACACGAAGAUUACCUAACCUUAAGAAGCUGGACGGGGAGCCCGUUAUUAGGGUGGCUGGAGCUGCACCUGCAGCCGAUGCAUCAGCUGAUUAGUAGAGGGAAACCACUUGGACUGCAAAACCAAAUAAAGGCUUUGCUCUAUCAGUAGCAGUAUUGUUAUUCUUUCAACAAUGUCCACAUGAAAUAUAGCAGCCUCAAAAUGCAGAGUAGAAUUUUAUUUUCAAGCUCUGCCAUUAAAAGAAAACUAAGUAAUUAAGGAGUGAAAGAAAUUGCACACACUCAAAAAUACUUGUAUUGAACAACAGCCCCAUACAGUGGAAUGUCUGGGAAAAUACCCAUAGGACAGACAAGCAGUAGUG